GGGGUUAUCCCUUAUAAUCUUUUCCGAAACCCACCCUAUGCGUCUUUGUCUACCUCACUCUCUCGCUCUAUCUAUCCCUCUCACGCACACAAACGUUUCGGAAGCAAAAAGAGAGGAUUUUGAUUUAUUGGAGGCUUUGAAGGUGCUUGGGAUUCAAAUUUUCGAGUAAAGAGAGAAGUUUAUAUCUAUCAGCAUAAUCGGUUGAUUGAAAGGGACUUGCAUCAUUAUUUGAGUAAAAGAAUGGCAUCAAUGGGGAGACCGACGCCAUCUCUGAAGAGACGUGAUUCAAUGGUAUCAAAAGAAGGGGAUCAGCUGAUUAUAACCCCUUUAGGGGCUGGCAGUGAAGUGGGUCGGUCCUGCGUUUACAUGUCUUACAAAGGAAAAACUGUUAUGUUUGACUGUGGAAUUCAUCCUGGGUACUCAGGCAUGGCUGCUUUGCCCUACUUUGAUGAAAUUGAUCCUUCAAUCAUUGAUGUUCUUCUUGUUACCCAUUUUCACUUGGAUCAUGCUGCAUCCCUUCCAUAUUUCCUGGAGAAGACGACAUUCAAAGGGCAGGUUUUUAUGACACAUGCAACAAAGGCUAUCUACAAGUUGCUUUUGUCUGAUUACGUGAAAGUGAGCAAAGUUUCAGUUGAAGACAUGUUGUACAAUGAACAAGACAUUCUUCGCUCCAUGGAUAGAAUAGAGGUUAUCGAUUUCCAUCAGACUUUAGAAGUAAAUGGUAUCCGGUUCUGGUGUUACACUGCUGGCCAUGUCCUUGGUGCUGCCAUGUUCAUGGUUGACAUUGCUGGUGUUCGAGUCCUGUACACUGGAGACUACUCACGUGAAGAAGACCGGCAUCUUCAAGCUGCUGAGCUCCCACAGUUCUCCCCCGACAUUUGCAUUAUUGAAUCCACUUACGGUGUUCGACUUCAUCAACCGCGCCAUAUUCGAGAGAAGCGCUUCACGGAGAUCAUUCACUCAACCCUUUCACAAGGAGGUCGUGUCCUAAUCCUAGCAUUUGCCCUUGGCCGUGCACAAGAACUCCUCCUGAUCCUUGAUGAAUAUUGGUCAAACCAUCCUGAACUCCAUAACAUUCCCAUAUACUAG